AUGGAUAAGGCCAAUAUGGACUGGGCAAAAGAUAUACCCUGCAGAAAUGUUAUAAUCUAUGGCUACUGUCGAAAGGAGAGAGAAGGAUGUCCGUUCAAACACGAAAAUAGCGAGGCAGAAUCACCAAGCGCAAGCACCGGAAUGAAGACGCUUGCGGGUUCAGAGUUUGCUGUAGGCUCCAAAACGGGAGAGGUGGGACCUCCGCCGUCUAUACCUGGUGUCACGCCUAAGUUCAAUGCCAAGGUUUCAGCUAGCUUUACCCCGAUGUCUGCGAAAAGCGGAAGCGUGGCGGCAGUUAGCGUCGAGCCGAGGGCCUCAGCUGCUUCUCCAUCAAAUGCUCACUCGAUGAAUGCUCCUGCAGCGUCCCAUUUGCCAUCACUGGCCUCUGGGGCGUCUUUCACUCCUCCAGCUUUCAAUCCUUAUGCAGCCGAGACUUUCACCCCUUCUUCUUCAGCAGGAACUAACCUGAACCAGCUGGCAAUAGACGACUCUGAUAGCAGAUCAUUGGGCAUCAGACACACGGCCGAAGGUAGUCUACCGGUGUCAGCGACAGCGAUGGAGCUAGAUAACAUGGCCGGCAAUCCAACUGGUACUUCGCCUUCCCAUGUUGCUCUCAAAUAUCCAACGAUAUAUCCACCGCCUCACAGUCUUCUGCAAUAUCAUCUGUAUGCUCCGGAUCCACCUCCGCAUCUCAAGGCGCCAUUAAAGCCGAAUGAACAGACUCCGGAAUCGCUUUUCAUACCAAACGACCUGAGGGAAGAACUGGUUAAGCGCAAUCUGGCUUCCUUGCAGGUGUUUCCAUUAGGGGGGGCGACACCUACGAUAGUGCAAGACUAUUUCGGUCUUGUUCCGCUAGAUUUCAACAAGAGCACAGGUAAAAAAGACAGUUUCCAAGGCCAUAAGAAUUCUCUUUACAAGGUAUUUUCAAACUUGGACGGUAAAGUUUAUUUAUUGCGCCGCAUACAUGCCGUAAGCAUCGUGGAUCCCACCCAGAUAUCCGGCACUUUCCAAGCAUGGAGUAAGGUGGCCAGCGCCAACGUGGUCAAGCUAGUCGACCUGUUUUUGACCACCAAGUUCGGUGAUUCUUCCUUAUGCGCUGUUUACGACUACUAUCCGCUGGCUAGCUCUUUGUAUGAUACGCAUUUUACCUGUUUUCCGUUAAUUCCCAUCACUCAGGAGCUUCUAUGGACAUAUUUGGUGCAACUGACGAACGCCAUCAGGGCAAUCCACGCAAGUGGACUGGCAGUCGUAAAUCUCGAUUGGGAUAAAGUUAUUGUCUCGGGGUCGCCGGGGAGGGUUAAGAUAUCUGGAUGUGGUGCUGUCGAUGUCUUGCGUGGUCAGGAAGCUUUUGAUCUGCUUGAGGAACAACAGGGUGACUUCAUUAAGUUAGGUACCCUUCUCAAGGAUCUCGCUUCAAAGAUGAGCUCAAAAAAAGAUUCAAGCGUCCAAGAUCUGAUGGUGGAUGGCGAUUUCAAGAGCGUUCUUCAAUACCUGCUAAACCAGGAUAACAGUAAGAAAAACGUACAGCAGUUGGCCUCGUUGUUUCAGGACAGAAUUUUCGAUGUUAUAAACUCAUCUCUGGCAUAUACAGAAUAUACUGAGGGUGUUCUUUCUAGGGAGCUUGAGAAUGGCAGGUUAUUCCGAUUAAUGUGCAAACUGAAUUGUGUAUAUGGAAGGAUGGAGUCACGAAUAGAUGUCAGCUGGUCGGAGUCGGGCACUAAAUUUCCUAUCACUCUAUUUUACGACUAUGUCUUUCAUCAGAUUGACACGUCGGGCAAGAACAUAUUGGAUCUGACGCAUGUUUUAAGGUGUCUGAAUAAAUUAGAUGCUGGUGUCUCUGAAAAAAUUGUGCUCACGACGCCUGAUGAGAUGAAUUGUAUUAUGAUAAGUUAUAAGGAAUUGAGGGAUUUGAUAGACUCCACUUUUAGAUCUUUAACGCAGUAG